UUUGUAACAUGCGCAGUAUCCGGAAAAAUUCGUCAAUAUAUGUUGAGAUGAGAAUAAUAUAAAAUUUCUAUUUGAAAUUUUGAAAAUAAGCUGUAGUUGCUAUAUAAUCUAGGGUUGAACACGCUAGCGACUUUCUGAUCAUUUCUGCAAUGUUUAAUUUCUCAUGGGUGCAAUUGCCUCGGUGCUACAGUGGCAUUGUGUCUCAUGUAGUUACAUUAAUCCAACAGAGAAAUUAAAAUGUAAUAGAUGUGGGAUACUCCGACAAAUUCAUAUAGAUAAAGAAGAAGCAAUUGAUCACAGCCCAGGUGUUUCAACUAUUACUAGAAAUUUUACUGAAGCUUCAAAUUUUACUGUGAUUAGAAAAUUUAUGUGCAAAGACAACAAGGGUUUUCAGAAAAAUUGCAAGGGGAAAAUUCCGGCAGAAAAAUGCUCAUUGAAUUUGAGAAAAACUGUGAUUAAAGCACUACCUCCUUUGAAUCGAAGCUCAUCAGUCGAGUAUUUGCAAAAAAAAUCAAUAAAUUCUUUGAGGAGAACACAAAGUUUGUAUAGCUUGAAUCAUUUUAUUUGCAACAAUUGCAAAGUGAUAUUCAAAUGUUCAACAUAUUUAUGUAUUUUAUGCAAUUCACAAUUGGCUGAAAUGAAUGUCACACAAUCACCUUGUAAAUAUUGUUCUUUAACACCAGUUGAAUAUCCCCAAAGCCACAGCAUUCAUAAAAAGAUUGACAUUUCACCCUUAGGAUGUCGGUGCAGACAAAAUAAGAAUAAAAUUGUCUCUUUAUCAAAUAUAGAGAGUUAUAGCUCUUCUAUAGUUAAAAAAAAAUGUGAACCAUCAAUAGAUAGUGAAAUACCAAAGAAUAUAAGAACUACAGCAAGUGGUAUCAACGACCAGCCAGGAAGUAACCCAAAUAAGUGGUCUCUGCAAAUUGGACUACCAGUCUCAACUUGGACUUGCAAUAGAUGCACUUUGCUUAAUAGUCCAAAUAUUUCGGUGUGUGAAGCAUGUGAAUCACCUUACACUCCAGAUUUGAACAGUAAUGUGACGAUGAGUCCCAGUGUUAUUAUCAAAGUUGAUAAUUGGACUGAUAAUAAGGCUCUUAGGAACCCUUCAGGACUGAUGAUGGAGGAAAGACCAAGUUAUAGGAGAUCCUUCUCGGAGCUGGGUUCUUCGAAAAAUUUCCAAUUCAACAUAAAUCGUCAUAGUUUAGAGAGUGAAUUGGCUCGAAUUACUUUUCCAAAGUAUAGCACAUCGAUGACCGACAUACAAGGAAGCCAUAAUUAUCCCGUUCCCGAUGUACUCUCUUCGGAAAAAAGCUGUUUUAAUUUGAAUAAAAGCUCUAGUGACUUAUGCGGAAAAAUACUCCGCAAUACUUCGCCAUCUCUGUAUGAUAACGUUGGUAAAUCUGAUAAAACGAACCAUGUUUAUCAAAACCAGAAAAUUAGUAAUGGACAAAGUAGUAAAAUGGAUUUUAACACAGAUCAGCAUAAUGAAAUUAUGCAAGCGCUUGAAAGAGGCUUGCCGAAUAUGUCGAAAAAUUGGUCGUUGAAAGAAAGAAAAUGGACUUGCCAAAUGUGUUCUUUUUCCUAUAAUAGUUUGGAUAACGAUCAAUGUGAAAUUUGUAAACACCAAAGGAGUAAACCUUCUUUGAAUCAACCAAGUACAAUAACCGUUACCGAAGACAGACCUACGGAGUUAUUUCUUUGGAAGGGUAAAGGCAAAGUGCCAUUAGCAACUCUUGACCAGGAUCUCGACGAAGAUUUUCUUUUUCCCAAUGGUGAAGGAACAAGCAACGAUCAAACUUGGACAUGUAAAAAAUGUACUCUUGUGAAUAACGCUAAAUCCUUGUGUUGUGAGGCUUGUUGCGGAUCAAAACUCAAAUCGAUAUCACUCAGUAAUGAUAUGACCUUAAGGAAGGGCGAAUUCUGGAGUUGCUCUCUAUGUACCCUGAAAAAUCCUCUAAGUUAUUUACACUGUUCAGUAUGCAAGGAACCCAGGAAACAUACAUCUUCGAGUAGUGUAUCACCAAACCAUAUGUUAGAAAAAAAAAAUUCCUAUCGGAUUGGAAGAAUGACUGAUAUAAAUUCCGAGCAUACAAGAGUAAAUUUGGAGUCUGACAAGGAUAUUGCGCCUCCAAGACCAGCUUCCCUUCAAUUCACGCCUUGGAGUUGCAAGUAUUGUACGUUUGAAAAUAAUAAGACUAAAAUGAUGUGUGAUAUGUGUCAGCAGAUGCGUCUAAAUUCCGAUACUAAUACAGAAGAAUUUCUACGGUUAAGCGAUGAAGAGAUCGCAGAUAAGCAUUGGAAUUACAUUGUAAGAUAUUGCCGAUCCAGGAAGCAGAGUUUUAUAGAUGACGCGUUCAGGCCUGGAAAUCAUAGUUUAUAUUAUUAUCCCUCUGAUACAAAUCCAACCCAUAUAGUUAAAUGGAAAAGAGUAAGAGACAUAAGUGUGGAUGACGGACCAGAAUCCGAUUUGCCUUGGGCUUUAUUUCGAAGACCACACAUAUCGGAUAUAUCACAGGGUAUUCUUGGAAACUGUUGGCUUCUGAGCGCUCUAACUGUAUUGGCAGAGAGAGAAGAACUGUUGAGGGCAAUUAUUAUUACUCGAGAUAUAUGCCCGCAAGGAGUGUAUCAAGUGAGGUUAUGUAAAGACGGACGAUGGAAAACUUUACUUCUGGAUGAUUAUUUCCCUUGCGACAAGAGAGGUCAUUUGUUGUAUUCUCAGGCUAAAAGAAGACAACUAUGGGUGCCUUUAAUCGAGAAGGCAGUUGCAAAAGUUCAUGGCUGUUAUGAAGCUCUCAUAUCUGGAAGGACGAUAGAGGGUUUGGCAACACUAACAGGUGCCCCCUGUGAGUCUAUUCCGCUUCAAGCUACACCGAAAUCCGAUGAAGAAUUGGAUACUGAUUUCAUUUGGGCACAAUUGCUCUCAUCAAGGGAGGCAAUGUUUCUAAUGGGUGCAUCCUGCGGAGGCGGAAAUAUGCGGGUAGAUGAACAAGAAUUUUAUAACAAAGGUUUAAGAACAAGGCAUGCUUAUUCACUCCUGGAUGUAGUGGACGUAAGAGACUAUAGGCUCUUGAAAUUAAGGAAUCCAUGGGGUCACUUUGUAUGGAAAGGUGACUGGUCAAAUAAUUCCAGCCUUUGGAGUCCUUUGCUCAGGGCUCAGUUGAUGCCGAAUGGGCCAGAGGAUGGAACGUUUUGGAUAUCAUUUGAAGAUAUGUUGAAAUACUUCGAUUCCAUAGAUAUAUGUAAAAUAAGGCCGACAUGGAAAGAAACAAGGUUGAAUGGUGUUUUACCACCAAUCGCAGAUCAGGAGUACCUUUCAUGUAUAUACGUCACCAUAUCGGAACCAACUGAAGUGGAUCUAACGCUUUUUCAAGAGGGGCAAAGAAAGAGUGAGAAAUCCCAACGUUCCCAGCUGGACUUAUGUGUAGGAAUAUUUAAAGCUACAUCCGAAAGUUCUAUAGGUCACUUAGUGGAGCACAGUAAACGGCAAGUUAGAGGAUUUGUAGGUUGCAAUAAAAUGCUAGAGCCUGGCAUGUAUUCAGUAAUACCCCUUGCUUUCAAUCAUUGGAAUACUGGCCUUGUUGACCCCAAUGCUUUUCCGAGGUAUGUUCUUUCUAUACAUAGCUCGAAGCCAGUUAUCGUGAAGAAAAAAGUUCCUUCGGAAUUUCUGCUAGCUGAUACCAUAAUUUCUUUAACAAUGGACAAGGGAACUCGCCAUCACGGAAGAGAUGGUAUGACUGCCUACUAUCUUACCAAGGGCUGGGCUGGUUUAGUAGUGGUGGUAGAAAAUAGACAUGAGAAUAAAUGGUUGCAUGUCAGAUGCAACUGCUGUGAAAGUUAUAAUGUUGUUUCUACUCGUGGAUCGCUGGAAGCUAUUGAUUCUAUACCCCCUAUGACAAGACAGGUUAUUAUAGUUCUGACGCAGUUAGAAGGCGUUGGAGGAUUUUCUAUAGCACAUAGACUUACUCAUCGAACUUCAAAUUCACCUACCCUAUAUGACUGGGGACCGGAAGGCAGAAGUCACAAUCCGGAACUCGAUUAUCAGACUAUUGGUUUACAUUCUCCCAGACCUAUAUCUAUAUAAUCAGUAUUCAUGGUUUCAGAAUAUUUGCUGCAAAAAUAUUCUGAGUGGUUCAAGAAUUUUAAUUUGAUUCAAUUCAUUCAUCGCAGAAGUAUAAUGAAUAUCACGAAUAUCAGUUAUUACUUCUCUAUUUAAACUCGACAUAUUCAAUUUCUUGAUGCACUGUGAAUAGAAAAUAGUUCCGUGAUAGAUGCAUCAAGAUACAAGGUGUUUCAGUGGUAAAGGGGCGGAAUCCUAGGCCGAACCCAAAAAUAUUCAUUUCCUAAGGUGUGUAUGAACUAAGGUAUGAACUGGUUGAAGAGAAUAGACGAACAUAUAUCAUCAAAAUAUAUGGGCUGGUUCAAAAGUUAUGGGUAAUGGAAUAAAUUGACUGUUGUGUUGUUACACUAUCUUGAUAACAAAGAGAGAUAGAACCUUUUAAUACAGAUUAUUCUGACUCACCUCAGUGUCCUCUAUUUACCCUUGGCUUUCGCCCAUCAACCAAUAAAUUACCUUGUAUAUUAGGAUGCCACUUUUAUAAAUAAUUUUCCGGUUUUAAUUUUUGUAUUACUCAUAUAUGAUGUGGAUGUUCUAGUUGUUAUUGAUUGUUGAUAAUAUUAUAGAUUAAUGGCUGAUUUUUACAUUCAAAAAAUAUUUUUUAAGAUUUGGUUAUAUUAAAAUUAUUUAAUUGAAUUUUGAAAGGUCUAUUCGGUUAUUUUACAGAAUGGAUGAAAGGGAUUUUCCCCAAUUUUUAUAUGUUCUUCUUCUGGCAUUGUGAUUCAAACAAUUCAUUGGGUUUCAAUAUUUUAGCUUUUACAAGCAAUCCACUUGAAAAAAAAAAAACAAUGUAAAAUCAUCUCACUUCUUUGAUAAAUUAUUCAUGGUAUGUAUGUUUUUAAUCGUUUUUACUGAAAAUAAAAGACAUUGUUUAUUA